AUGGCUUCGGGCGUGUGCUCGACGCUGAGCGUGCGCGUCGUCGAGGCCCACGCACUCGGGGACACCAAGAUGUUCGAGGUUCAAGUCGGCUGCAAAGGCAAGCGCACGUCCGUGUACAAGAGCAAAGAGGACUUUAAGAGCGUGCUCGACAUGUUUCGGCUCGUGGGGGCCAUGAGCCGCGGCAAGAGCGACCGCUGCCCCGUGUGCGUCGCCUGCAGCGCCAUGAGCCUCCCGCUGCGCAUGUGCAGACAGGACGCGCUCGACGCGUUCCUCCGCGACGUGCUGGCCAAGCUCCGCCACGCGGCCGUCGACGCCAUUGAGCACUGCAGCUCGCACCGCGGCGUUGUGCAGAUCCUCAUGGACUUUCUCAACGUGCGGCACGGGCUGUACUUUUGCGCGCUGACGCCCGAGAUGGAGGCACAACUGGCGCUCCCGACGGCGCGCAAAGUGGUGCCGGACGACGUGGACGUGGACCGCCACCCCGUGUCGCGCUGUUCGCUCAAUCGGACGCUCUCGGAGCAAUUUGCCGCCAUGGACUCUGUGUGCUAG